AUCACUAUUUCUUCUCUUCCGCUUUCUUAUCAGUUUUGGUUAAAGUUAAGUUGGUGAUUUACUUGUAUUAUACUUAUAUUGCUAUGAAAACACCUUUAUUUUUACAGCACUAACUACUGACCUCAGUGUAAUGAGAUUUCAGACAGUAUGGCUCUAGGACUCGGUCAAAUAACAUGAUCAGACAACAAACUGCCAAAAAAGAUCAACCACGCUUGGAGAGAUGUAGGGAUACAAUAGUUAGUUUGAAACAUUACAUUUGUGGACUGCGGUUAUAAACGAAAUAAGAUGGGAAGUGAUAUGUACAUAGCAUUUUGUAAUUUUGUAAGAUUUGGAUUUUUUUUUAAUGGCACAUCAAAUGCAAAAAAAAAAAAAAAUGAAUAUAACGAUUUGGUUAGUAUCUCUGUUUUACUCAAUACUAUAAAUGUGGACUAAUUGUUUCCUAAUAAAAUUUGAGACGCAGAAGUGCUCUUUAAUUUGGUCUUCAUAUACUGUGAACAUAUUAUUCAUGGAUUGUAAGCUGUCCUUAUCUUGUAAUUAGACCCUGGGCCAAAACUCAGGCAAACUUAACACUAGUGUUUUCCUUUGGGUCUAGGUGACCUGGAGGCUGAUGCCUUUGUGUGUGUGUGUGUGUCUGUGCUCCUGUACUGCACGGCUUGUGCCAACUUUUCCCUUAUACUCUGAUUCUAGGACAAGAUGCAAACCAGUUGCAAUGACGCUGGGUGUGCACAAAAUGCGUAGGACAACGGGAGGGUCGUAAAAGUAAUGCUGAUUUUACCAUGGGCCUUAAUGUAAAAAUCAGUCCAAGUCAGAGAAGGACUGGAACUGGCUGAAGUUUAGGGAAUAGGCCAUUAAAUUAUCCUGUAUUUAUUGCUUUAAAAGAAAUACUGAGUGAAGACUAUUAGGGUUUGUAUCAAAACAAAAUUCAGGUUGAACUAAAAGUACAUCACUUGACUUGUCAAGAGAAAAUGCACAAAUGACAAAGAUUCAAUUUCUUCAAUAUGCAUUUAUAGUGUGGCCACCAUGUGAACAUGAAAUUCAUCACACUGGGUGUCUUUAUCUUUGGUGUGUUGCCUCAAAAAAUAAUACAUGUUUGUGUUUAACACAAACAUUUCAAGCUAAGAAAAUCCUGAUCAUAAGAAUAGAAUAGACUUCAUUGUCCUACUUGGGGGUACAACGGAAUUGAAGGAAUUGAAGCAAUGCAAAAAAUAAAAAUAAAAUACUAACAGCAGGUAAAGUGUUGCAAAUUAAGACACCAAAACCGACCUCUGACAAAUAAAAUGUAUCCUGGUAUAUUUUAGGAAGACAUGCACAACAAGGUCUUUUGUCACACAAUACAUAAAGUUCCAUGAUGUUUAAACUCAAGUUUCUUAAUAAACAAAAUUAAAAUAAGAACAUGUCACUUUAAUGUGGUAAUGUCACACGUCACAGGCUAAAUGUGUUUUCAGGUUUCUUAUUUUAGUUAGCAGGUAUGCUGGCCGCUGCAGCUGGAACGUUAGUCACUGUAGUGAAGGGCUUUCCCUUAUAUCAGCUGAAAACUGGAACGAACCAUUAAACAGCCUUUUGGGGGGAUGAAACUACAAGAAAACCAACCAAGGCAAAAGAAACGUAACUGGAAAGCCAACGAUUUCUUUAACUAUAGAAUGUUUAACGGCGUGCAUAAAGUGACGUGUUCGAAUUCAGGAAAUUGUUAGCGUGGUAAAAUUUACUUUUUCACCUCCCCACCCCCUGAAAACAACGUUGACAGUUCUCAAAAUGGCGGUGGCUUCUGUUAGUGUGAAGCGAAACUUUCUACAUUUUUAACGAAUAUUCAUAGCAUUUCUGAAUCGCUGUGUCGAAUCUGAUUGACUGUCAAAUUAGGUAAGACCCACCGGGAUAUAGAAAAGGUAGUUGGUGGCGGCUGGGACUCUGGGCUUGGCGUCACAGUGGGCUGUUGUUUUUGAUCAAACCGCCGGGCUUCCCUCGGCAGAAGUUGACGGCGGUGGCUCUGAGUGCCUGCCUUCCUGUCUGACAUUGCGAUCAUACCGACUGCUGCUGUCAUCACAUAUAGUUCCGUCAACGCGGAACCACGAGAUCGAAUCAGACGUUUUCUGUGUUUCCGAACAAUUUUACCGAGUCUGUGGUAAGAGCGUGUUAGGGGCAGGUCGGAAAUCCCGAGGCCGUGUCACGUCAGCUGUCAGUGGACAGUGUGUUGGAUGUCGCUGCAGCGCCUUUUCGGACAAGAUCUGGUUUGCUAGCAUCGUCCACUCUGGCAAAUCAAAUGGAGAAACUCCAGGACCUGAGCCAAUCAGAGCUACAGGAGCUCCUGGACAACCAGGAAAGGGUGGAGUCUAUGGCUCUGGAGUCAGAUGAGAUCCAGAACAUCCAGCUAGAGAGAGAGAUGGCACUGGCAUCCAAUCGCAGCCUCGCAGAACAGAACUUGGAUGUGAAGCCUCGUCUGGAGGCCCAGAAAGAAGUGCUGGUGGAGAAAUACUCUCAGUUAGAGGCUACGAGAGAAGCCUACAGACAACACUGCUCCAUCAGAGACGGUAUUGCAGGUCAGGUCUCUCCUGAAGCGUUGUUCUCCAGACUACAGACAGAGGGAGGCAAAACAGAGGCAGAGUCAGAGGCCCUAGCUGAUGAGUUCCUGGAGGGCUCUCUGCCUCUGGACUCAUUCCUGGACCGCUUCCUUUCCCUGCGCUCACUAGCUCACAAAAGACGAGUGCGAAUUGAGAAAUUUCAGGAAAUGUUGCGACAAAGCAACGAGGGUAUUCCCAACACCACGAUGGCAUCAUCGCCAGCAGGCAUCGGCCAGGACCCUGCUGCCACGCCAUGGAAUCCACCAACGACGACGGCAACAACGACAAAUCAGCAGCAGCCGAACUCCAAACCUCAGUCCUCCACUUACCAAAAUGCAUCUCAGCCGUCCUGUUCAUCUGCAGGUCUUCAUUACAGCCCCUACCCCGUCACUACACCCAACCAGCCCCCUGUAGCAGCAGCUGCCGUAGGCCCGGUUAACCCUCCAUCACAUUUUACCCCAUAUCCAAGUUCCAGUUCACCUUUUACCCCAGCAGGUGGCUACUCUGGCCCCAGGCCUGCUUUCGGGCCUCCAGCUUCACAACCCGUCUGCCCUUACCCUACUCAGCCAUCAUUUCCAACUCCGCACCCAGGGUCAGCAUUUGGCCAAUACACACCAAGCCAUCCCCAGAGUGGUCAAACCCCUUACCCGGCGUCCUACAGUUACGGCGGGUACAGCUACCCAGCAGUGCCCAGCUACUCCAGUUCUCAGUCACCGACAGGGAGGCCCGUGUACAGACCAGGAAAUGGAGUUCCACAGCCGUACUCCUGAAAGCGCUCUUGCUCCUGAGUCUCACUUCUUUCCGUCUCAUCUUUUCCCUCCCUCAGCCUCCCUCUCACGUCCCCUCUUCCUAAAGGCCUUUGCACAUCAAGCAAAUUAACAUAAAAGUUUAAAGAUAUUUUUGAGAUGACAGCUUCACCUCUUCACUAUGGAUUUUUGUACGCUUCACAGAAAAAGUUUUAAAAAGAACAAGUGCUCCAAGGAUGCCGUGUUUCCUUUUUAAGCCAGGUACAUUUUCAAAAGUCUCCGCUUGAUGUUAAUACAGGAGACUAAUAAGGGAAACGAAUGAAUGGAUCUUCCCAUUGCAUUGUAGUAAGAUUUCUGUCGUCAAGAGCUAUUCAAGUAACAACAAAGAUCUGGCUUACACUGCCGAGUAAAAAAUUUACUUAAGAUGACCAAUCCGGAAUUAUUCUAGUUGGUAAAAUUGUGACAUCUUCUCCUCAACAUAGAUGCCGGGAACACAUUAGUACAUUGGCCAAAGAUAUGUUUUGGGCCACGUUGUGUUAAAUAAAGGUUAAAGUUUUAUUAAAAUAGUUAAUGUCCUCAAUUCUUUUAUCAGGGCUACAUAACACAAUUGUUGUUUCUUGAUGAAUCAGAAAGUCCUUUGAGGCCAAAAAGAAAGCAAGAUAUUCCUGGCUCCUGUGAACCUCUUCAUAGAGGCGUAGGAUUUCACAUACAAAAAAAAAAAAAAAGUGUAGUGUCCUGUGUCAUUUGACAUAAUAUCGCUAACAGACUGAGGUAUGCAACCACCGAGGCCUUUUUAUGCCUACUGCCUGAUCCACAACAAACAGUACCCCAAUUGAUUCCCCUUUGAGGAGUGCGUUCACGUGACUAAUUUUAAGUCAAUCCUUUUUUCUUUUUUUUUUUUCUGAUUUGCAAGUUCACAUUGGUCUAAGUUAAUUUCUCUAAUGUGCAAAAACAGAAGGCUGCCAUACGUGCAAAGGCCUUUACUACUUAUCCCUCUGUCUUUUCUCCCUUACUCUUUCUCCCGCCUCCAUCUCCAAGAUCUAAGAGGUGUUGCUUUACUUCUCUUUGUUGCACUAUUUCUCUCUUUCUAAAUAUGACUCCAUUCCAUCUCUCUGUCCGUCUCUUUCCUGCGCCUUCUCUCCAUCAAACCCAACUCCCUCACACUAGUCUCAGGUGGUUAUGUUGUGUCGUAUCCGACUCUUCAUACCUGUAUGUUCCCUCCAUCUUCUGUCUCCUCCGUCACCGUCUAUCCCUCACUACGUCAUUGAGUGUGUGCAUGUGCGUGUGUGUAUGUGUGUGUUGCUAUCUGGCAAUCAGAAAAAAAAAUCUCUAAAACACACAAGUGCACUCCCCACUCAAAAUAACCUUACGGCAGAUGUCCUUCAAAGAUCAGCAUCAUGGUCCAGUCAGUUUCACUGUUUUGAAAGAAAGAAGGAACGUGUUGUUCCUAAUAAAAGAAAAAAUUGUUAUGCACCUCAGAACCAACACAACUAUUUCAAUAUUGUAAAUUUUUGGAGUUCUUGCUCAUUGAUCAUUAUUGACUCACAACAAUGCAGCAAAGUUGCGCACAGUGUGGAACCUUGAUUCACACCUGAUUGCAAAAGCAAUUUUAAUCUUUACCAAGAAUUUUUGGUUCUUUGUUGUAAAGUAAAAGCCAUUUGAGGCUAAAUAAUUGUUGGAUAAAAUCUGACUAGAUGAAACCUGCUGGACUCUCUUGUUGUUCGCCUCCUUAGCCCAAUUUUCUAUUUAGUUUUACAUGAUGUUUUUUUUUUUUUCUCCUCACCACCACCACCUCUAUCAACAUCAUUGCUUUGAUCCUCCUCCUGCACCCUGCAUCUACUCGGCCAACAUAAACUGAUGCUCGACAAUGAUCACCAGAAGAAGAAAAAUGUUCAAUUUCAACAAAGUCACACUUUCAGUAAGAAAAUGUGCAGUGUGUAUAGUUUAAAUGGAAAGUAAAUAUAAAAAAAAAAAAAAAAAAAAAAAAAGAAAUUGCCGAUAAGUUCUGUGUCAGUCGAGUCAAUACAAAGAAAAUCUGGUUGUUUUGUGACUGAUGGAUGAUAAUUGAAUGAAGUUCAGGAAGUAGACAAGGUCUCUUCCUUAUAACUAACUGUUAUAUCACGAGUCUUGUUUUAUCUUUUACGUCUUCUCUCAGCUGUUUCAGAGCACUUUAUUAUAAUUACCAAGAGCUGUAAAGUGACUACACAGUUAAAGGGAUAGUUCAGGUUUUAUUAAGUAUGGAUGUAUGACGGACUGAUACAUAGUAAGCACUGGCUUUGAGCCCCUGUACUAUAAACCACCCAAGACAUGGACACUCACUCUCACCACAACCUUGGCUGUGAAGAGAGACGUGAUGGAAAACAGAUUUUGGCUAACAAUCAGAGCACUUAACAACAAAUACAAGCAGGCCAUCAAGUACUAUCAGUAGGCAAGUGGAAGUGUCUUCUUUUUUUUUUUUUCUCUUUUUAACAAACUUUAAUUAUACCAACAAGUGACAUGCAACAUGGACAGGUUGGUUUCACUUUUGUACAGAUAACAGCCAAAUCUGGAUAGAUAAAUAUCAAGUUGAAAAGAGAAAGGAAGGACCUGGGUCUGCUAUUGGCUCCACCAAUCAUUAGAUCCAUGGAUUAAAGCCACUCCUAAAUUAUACUAAGUAUCUAAUUGCCUAACAGUGACAACGCAUUAGAAAACAUGUUGAAAAUACUUGUCAUGAUAUUUUGAGCAUCUUUUGAGGCAAUAAGACACCGUUUAACAUUAUACCCCAGAUAAAUUGUGGGGUAAAAGCCAACUCCUUGUUUACAAACAACUUGCACAACAACACUUUGUAUAAGAACACUACUCAUUUGGUCUUAAAAA